UUUAUACACACGAUACAGUCGACAUCUGGAGACGGAGGGAUCCGGCCUUCAUUGACAGCGCAUUCAACCGCAUCCGAGUUGUGUUGUCUGUGACAGCGGCAAUCCCUCCUUCGGAACGCGUUUCCCUCGCGACCAAUGGCUACUCCAGUUUCAAGCACGCGUCUGUCGACAGUGGAAUAGCGAGGUGUUCCUAGAUCCAAAAGGUGCAAUCUUCCGCCUUGAGAAGUAUUUCCACUCCUGCUCCAAUGGCGAUAACGUAAGGUAACAUCGGCCAAUGCAGUCCCACUUGCGGCCAUACAUCACUAUCGCCGUCGUUCUCUUCACGAUGUUUGCUGCACAGACAGUCCUUUCUGCAGUUAUGAAAUUCUACAUCAAGGUUCCCAGCAUGUUGACCUCAGCUUGCGCUGCAGUCGGUACAUGCAGCGCGCAAUGCUCAAUAGCAGCUAGUAAUGUCAGCACCGCCUGGCAUCCGCCCGCGCAGUACUUUGUGAACAACCUCACUUUGACUCUGAACAGCACAGGAACCUAUGGCUUCGUUUAUAACACCUCGCAGUCGCCCCAAGAGACCACGUAUAACUGGUGCAACAUGCCGCAUGUCAACCCUACAACAUAUAAGACGCCAUCUUCAGAUUAUAAGCUGGAAUAUGUGGAAGUCAUCCAUCGACAUCACAAGAGGACUCCCUACGCAAGCAACACUUUUCCCGUGGAAAGCUAUGCGUGGGAUUGCUCGGACGAGGGCCUCUUCUACGGCGGCGAACCUCUUAACCCUGCUGGCCAUGAUUCUGCAUCCACGUAUUGGAGUGUGUACACAAGCGAGAGUAAUCCAUUCCCACCCCAAGGCUUCAACGGAACAUGUCAGUUCCCGCAGAUUACUCGACAAGGCCUGGACGACUCAUGGGAGCAUGGUGCAAAUCUCAAAGCCGUCUACGCGGACCUCCUGGACUUCAUUCCCGUCGAUUACGACCCGGCCGCCACGACUUUUAGAGUAACCAACAAUGUCAUAACCUCUCAAGUCGCUUCGAUGCUCAUAGCAGGCAUGUACCCAGAUCAGUCUGGGAAAGAUACACCACUUCUCAUCCAGCCCAACUCGAUCGACAGCCUUGAACCACGAUACAGCUGUCCAGCGUCGGCCGCGCUGUUCAGCGACUACGGUGUCGGAUCUUCUGCGGCAAAUUGGACUGAACACCUCACGGCUUCUUCUGCACUGUUUUCUCAGCUGGACGAUGUGAGCGGCGUAGAUCCGGACGAUAGUGGCUGGCACCAGAGCUUCGACCAUUACUUUGAUAACCUUUCGGCGAGAUUGUGUCAUCGGAAGCCAUUGCCAUGCAGCGUAAAUGAUACAUCAGCCUGUAUCGAGCAAGCAGAUGCGGAAACAGUGUUCAGGUUAGGGCAGUACGAAUACUCGUUCAUCUACCGAGAUGCGCCGCAGAGUUUGGAAGCGAGCAUUGCAAGCUACGGAGUCUGGAUCGCUGAGCUUGCUGCACAUCUAAGACGUGCUGCGAUUGGCGAUGGCCAAGUCCGAUACAGACACAAUGUAGCGCAUGAUGGGAGCAUCUCGAGGCUUCUGAGCAUCUUGCAGAUCGAAAGAAUGGUGUGGCCAGGCAUGGGCUCAGAGGUUAUCUUUGAGCUCUACAAGAAGAAAGAGUGCCACUUCUUGAGAGUUUUAUGGGCAGGUCAGGUGUUGCAAAGUAGUCAUCCAUCGUUCCGGAGCAUGGACAUGGUGCCAUUGGACACGUUCUUGGCGUACAUCGAUGAGCUUGUCGGGCAGGGUGCGAAAAAGGUGCCUCAAAUAUGCGAGGCAAGUGAGGACUAGAAUAGAC